AUGUGGCAAUGGGGCCCCAGAGCAGUGUUCUCUCAGGAAGCAACAUCUCUGUCCUACCAAGAAUUUAAAGCAGCAGAUGCCAGGCAGCAUCAGACAAAAGAUAAUGAAACCAACGUUCUGCCUGGUCCUGGCAAGGAAGCCCAACUGUUGGCUAACAACCCAUUGGCCAAAAACAAGCAUGAAGGUGGCAAAGUGAAGGAAGAGGUUCUGGAAGAUGAGGAGACCCUCAGUGCUGAGGCCCAGCAGAAAAGCCUCCGGCAGUUAUGCUAUCAGGCCGCUGAGGGUCCAAAAUUGGUUUGCACCCAGCUGUGGGAACUUUGUCACCAGUGGCUGAAGCCAGAAAAAUAUACCAAAGAGGAGAUCCUGGAUCUGGUGGUUCUGGAGCAGUUCCUGACUGUCCUGCCCUCAGCAAUGCAGGAAUGGGUCCGGGAAUGUCACCCAGAGACCUGCACCCAUGCGGUGGCCCUGGCAGAAGAUUUCUUGUUGAGGAAGGGAGAUGCUGAGAGUCAAAACGAGGAGGGGGCAGACCAUACUUUCUCUGAGACAGAACAGACUCAUCCAGAUGCAUGGAAGCGGUUCUACUUCACAGAGAUCAAACAAAAGACUGACAGAGAUGCCAUCUUUACAGCGCAACUGGAGAAGGCAUGUCAGAAGGAGCAAAACCAGUCAGCAAAACCUGAAGAACUGGAGCCAUUUGCAAUGUUGCCUGGGGAACUUGAACAUAGUGUUGUCCAUCACCCUGAUCAAGUGCAGGAAUCUAAGAGUUUAGAGAGAAUCCACACUGGGGAGAAGCCGUAUAAAUGCCCAGAUUGUGGGAAAAGCUUCAGCCAAAGAUCCCACCUAAUCCUACAUGAGAGGACUCACACUGGAGAGAAACUGUACAAGUGCUCAGACUGCGGGAAAAGCUUUAGCCAGCGUCCACACCUUGAUAAACAUGAGAGAAUCCACACGAGAGAGAAACCUUACAAGUGCCCCUACUGUAGAAAGAGCUUCAGUGACAGAUCAACUUUGACAACACAUAAGAGGACCCACAUGGGAGAGAAGCCUUAUUCAUGUUCAGACUGUGGGAAGAGUUUCAGUGAUCGGUCGUCUCUGAUAGCACACAACCGGACUCACACUGGCGAAAAGCCCUAUAAAUGCUCAGCAUGUGGGAAAAGCUGUAGCCAUCAAUCGACCCUCAUUCGACAUGAGCAGAUCCAUAAUGGGGAGAAACCUUUAAAGUGCUUGGAACCAGGGGAAACUGCUGGUUCCAUCUUGGCGGUGGAGAAAAGAUCUCCUUUUGGGGAGAAAUCCCCAAUGCCAUGGACAAAUACUGUGACGUGA